ACUACUUGUCCUCCGAGACUGCUCGGUUUUUCCCGCCCUUCACUGGCCUCUGGAGGAGAGUCAGAGUUCACGCCCCUCUUUGGGGAUACCUGCUCGAAACUAGAGGAUGCGGGGACUAGUAGGUGGCGGACGUCCUUCUGGCCCGGAAUCUUAAGGGGCAAAGGACAGACUUUGGGAUUGUAAACUCCGCCGGGAGCUGGGAGGCGGGAAGAGGUGUGUGGGCGGGGUCAGGGGUGAAAGGUCAUAGGGCUGCGAAGGGGGCGGAGCGAGCCGGAGGCGGAUGGCGGCUGCCGCGGCUCUUCAUCUUUGGCGGCAGAGUCACUGAAACGGGGACGCGGCUGCGACGCGUCCGGCAGUGGGAGAAGAGCGGCGGCCGCUCCCAACAUGCACAGCCUGGCGACGGCUGCGCCUGUGCCUACUGCACUGGCUCAGGUAGAUAGAGAAAAAAUCUAUCAGUGGAUCAAUGAGCUGUCCAGUCCUGAGACAAGGGAAAACGCUUUGCUGGAGCUGAGUAAGAAGCGAGAAUCUGUUCCUGAUCUUGCACCCAUGCUGUGGCAUUCUUUUGGUACUAUUGCAGCACUUUUACAGGAAAUUGUAAAUAUUUAUCCAUCUAUCAACCCACCCACCUUGACAGCACACCAGUCUAAUAGAGUUUGCAAUGCUCUGGCAUUACUACAAUGUGUGGCGUCACACCCAGAAACCAGGUCAGCAUUUCUUGCAGCACACAUCCCACUUUUUUUGUACCCGUUUUUGCACACUGUCAGUAAAACACGGCCCUUUGAGUAUCUUCGGCUAACCAGUCUUGGAGUUAUUGGGGCCCUAGUGAAAACAGAUGAGCAGGAAGUAAUCAACUUUUUAUUGACAACAGAAAUUAUCCCUUUGUGUUUGCGCAUUAUGGAAUCUGGAAGUGAACUUUCCAAAACGGUUGCCACAUUUAUCCUCCAGAAAAUCCUCUUAGAUGACACAGGUUUGGCAUAUAUAUGUCAAACAUACGAGCGUUUCUCCCACGUUGCCAUGAUCCUGGGUAAGAUGGUCCUGCAGCUCUCCAAAGAGCCUUCCGCCCGUCUGCUGAAGCACGUAGUGAGGUGUUACCUGCGACUCUCAGAUAACCCCAGGGCACGUGAAGCGCUCAGGCAGUGCCUCCCUGACCAGCUGAAGGACACGACCUUCGCCCAGGUGCUAAAAGAUGACACCACCACGAAACGCUGGCUUGCACAACUGGUGAAGAACCUGCAAGAGGGCCAGGUCACCGAUCCCCGGGGCAUCCCCCUGCCCCCUCAGUGAUCCUCCCCCACCCCCUCCUACCACUCCCCCAAGUUGGGGAAGGGAGGGGGAACCCGAGAGGAAAACAGCUCAGGUUUUACCGCUGACCAGGAAUAGACCUCAAUGCUGAACUGCACUGGAGAAGAGGGGUGAGGUCACCUCGCUGAGGUGAACGGUCUGCCAUCUCGGGCUGCUUCUGGGACCUGGGCUCCCUCCGCUACUCCCAGGAGAUGGGCUCCUGACACAGCAGUCUGCCACCACAGCUCCAGGAGGGUGUCAACACCAGCAAAUGCUGUGUCUGCAGCGUGCCCGCGAUGGCCCUUCUCCCCGACCCGUACUAGCCACUGACGGGGAGGGGGAUGUGGCGGUGGUCGCACGCUAGGCAUGCCAAACGCCUGGGACCAAGCCGUGUGGCGGUCUUCUAAUUUGCCUUCCUGGAAGACUCAAGACGUGUCUCUUCAUCCUCUCUCUCAGUAUUUGUUUACUUUGGUCUCUUGUUUUUGAUGUCAGAGAGAGGUGUGUUUAGUGGACACGAGCUGUAAUACUCAGCAGAACUUUGUCAAUUGGCACUGUUUACAAGUCUGUUAGCUGCAUAAGCUUAAUAAAAAAUUGGUCUGGGCAUUA